AAGGCCGGUUCCCUGUUGCUCGCUCCCAUUCCUUCUAUUUUUUCAGUGGGUUUGAUCUGCAGGGGAUACUUCAGUAUGAUACUCCUGUUUACAGCCACCUUUACCAUCCUGGUGCUGUCCUCCCUGGACCAGGUGGAGUCUUCAGCGUAUGACAAGAUAGUCACGCACAGUCGCAUCAGGGCUAAGAAUGAAGGGCCCAAUGUGUGCGCUUUGCAGCAGGUCAUGGGCACCAAGAAAAAGUACUUCAGCACAUGCAGGAACUGGUACAACAAAUCCAUCUGUGGCAAAAAGGCGGUGGUCUUAUAUGAAUGCUGUCCAGGUUAUAUGAAGUUAGAUGGGAAGCGUGGGUGCCCCGCAGUGGCUCCUAUUGACACUGUGUACGGCACCCUGGAUCUGGUGCAAGCCAAGAUCACCCAACGAUACUCCGAUCAAUCCAAACUGAGGGAAGAACUCGAUGGAGCGGGAUCUUAUACAAUGUUUGCACCCAAUGACGAUGCCUGGGAAGAGUUAGAUCCUGCAUCAAAAGCUGCCUUGGUCAGCAGUGGAAACACUGAGCUUUACAAUGCACUCCACUAUCACAUGGUCAACAAACGUCUUCUCACCAAGGACCUGAAGAAUGAUAUGACCCUAGAGUCCAUGUAUAACAAACAAGGCCUCUAUAUCAAUCAUUACUCAAAUGGAGUUGUCACUGUGAACUGUGCCAGGAUCAUUCAUGCAAACCAGGUGGCCACUAAUGGAGUUGUGCAUGUCAUUGAUCGGAUCAUCAGCGUCAUAAGUCAAACGAUCAAGGACGUGAUCGAAACCAAUGAUGACCUGGCUUCACUGAACACAGUUGCUUUGAGAUCGGGUCUCCAGGGUCAACUGGGAGAGCCCGGACACUACACACUUUUUGCUCCAACCAACGAGGCCUUUGAAAAACUAGACAGUGAUGUGCUGGAAAGACUUAUGAGUGACACAACUGUACUUCAAGCCCUUUUGAAGUACCACCUCCUGAACUCAGUGCAGUGCUCUGAGGCCAUUAUGGCAGGCUCCGUCUAUGGGACUCUUGAGGGCAGUAAUAUUGAGAUUGGAUGUGAUGGUGAGAGUCUCACAGUCAAUGGUAUCAAGAUGGUGCUGAAGAAGGACAUUGUCACCAGCAAUGGGGUCAUUCAUCUGAUCAACCAGGUGCUCAUGCCUGACUCAGCCAAGCAGGUGAUGGAGCUUAUAGGCAAAUCUCAGAGCAUCUUCAGUGACAUGGUGUCUGAGCUUGGCCUGUCUGCCGCCAUGCAGCCUGAGACUGAGUAUACUAUUCUUGCCCCACUGAAUGGAGCCUUCUCUGAUGAGGUAAUGUCCAUGGAUCAGCGUCUCCUGAAAAUUAUUCUGGAAAACCAAAUUGUGAAACUCAGAGUCUCUCUGAGUGACCUCUACAAUGGCCAACUGCUCGAAACCCUGGGAGGAAAACUGCUCAGAGUCUUCAUUUAUCGCACGGCUGUGUGUAUUGAGAAUGCAUGUAUGGCCAGAGGCAGCAGAGAAGGAAGUAACGGUGUCCUUCAUCUCAUGCGAUCACUGAUUCAGCCACCCGAGACAACCAUCUAUGACCUGCUCUUAAAAGACGGACGCUUUAAAAUCUUCCUGUCUCUGAUGGAGAGUGCUGAACUGACAGAUCUACUGAAGCAGGAAGGAUCGUACACACUCUUUGCUCCUAUCGAUGCCGCCUUUGGCACCCUGACAGAGGAAGACAUCGCUCUUCUGAAAAGCGACAUCAACGGCCUAAGGGCGAUCCUGCUCUACCACUUUAGCAAUGGUGUCUUUAUUAAUGGAGGCUUGGAGGGUGGAGUGACUAAUCUUCUCAAGACCAUUCAGGGCAACAACCUUCAAGUGCUGUCUGUUAACAACUCCAUCUAUGUAAAUUCAGUGGAGGUUCCAGAUUUUGAUCUUAUGACAUCCAAUGGAGUGGUCCAUGUAGUGAAGACCAUCUUAUAUCCUCAAGAUCUGCCAGUUGGCCGUGAAGACAUAUUUCUUCUGCUGAAGAGACUCAUCAGAUACAUACAGCUGAAGUUUGUAUCUGGAUACACCUACCAUGAGAUUCCACUAACAUUCAUCAAGAGGACUAUAACUACUCAUGUCAUUGAGAAAGGUCCCGAAGUCAAGGUGGUGAUUGGAGAACCAAGCAUCACCAAAGUUACACGCGUGAUUGGUGGAGAUCUGAGAGUCACCAAAGUUACACAAGUGACUGAAAGAGGUCCAAGCGUCACCAAAGUUACACGAGUGAUUGGUGGAGAUCCGAGUGUCACCAAAGUUACACAAGUGACUGAAAGAGAUCCAAGCGUCACCAAAGUUACGCGAGUGAUUGGUGGAGAUCCGAGUGUCACCAAAGUUACACAAGUGACUGAAAGAGAUCCAAGCGUCACCAAAGUUACACAAGUGAAUGGUGGAGAUCCGAGUGUCACCAAAGUUACACAAGUGACUGAAAGAGAUCCAAGCAUCCCCAAAGUUACACGAGUGAUUGGUGGAGAUCCGAGUGUCACCAAAGUUAUACAAGUGACUGAAAGAGAUCCAAGCGUCACCAAAGUUACACGAGUGAAUGGUGAAGAUCCGAGUGUCACCAAAGUUACACGAGUGAUUGGUGGAGAUCCGAGUGUCACCAAAGUUACACAAGUGACUGAAAGAGAUCCAAGCAUCACCAAAGUUACGCGAGUGAUUGGUGGAGAGCCGAGCAUCACCAAAGUUACACAAGUGACUGAAAGAGAUCCGAGUGUCACCAAAGUUACACAAGUGAUUGGUGGAGAUCCGAGUGUCACCAAAGUUACACAAGUGACUGAAAGAGAUCCAAGCGUCACCAAAGUUACACGAGUGAUUGGUGGAGAUCCGAGCAUCACCAAAGUUACACAAGUGACUGAAAGAGAUCCAGGCAUCACCAAAGUUAUUGAAGGGAAGCCAUCCGUUACAAAGAUCACAAGGCUCACUGAAACUCACAGUGCAUCAUCUGAUGGUGAAAUUGACACUGAGGGAGAGAUCAAGAGACUCAUGGGUGAAGAUAUAACCAAGGUGCAGACGUUUCAAGGUGGUGACGUACGCAUCCUCCAGGAGGAAGAUAUCAAACAAAUCACUGAUGCAAUCACUCAGGGAGGUGGACCGGGGAUCACCACUAUAACUAAAGUAAUCAAACCAGGGGUCCAGGUUGUUGAAACUGAACCAGGGCUCACCACUUUGACCAGAGUAAUUAAGAAAGACCCUCAGAUCAUUGAAAUUGCACCAGGGGAAACCACUAUUACCAGAGUGAUUCAACCAGAACCGCAGAUCAUUGAAGGACCAGAUUUCUCAAAGAUUGUAUCUUUCAAGGACAGUCCAGACCUCCUCGUAUCAGAAUCAGAGAGAAUCACCAGAAUCAUCAAGGAGGGCCGUUCUAAAAAACGAGCUGCCAUCAGACAACCACAAGGAUCAAGGCGAAGAGUGAGACUGGUCAGGCAUCACUCCAGACCCAGACAGUGAGAUGAAUGGAGGCUCACUGUACCUGAAGAUCCAGCUAAAGUGAAAGACAGUGUUGUCGAACAGUGUGUUUGUCCUGCAAAUACACUUUUACUACAAACCGCAUUGAAUGUUUACACAUUAGAAACCAACGCAGUAAUAUCUUGGAUCUGUGUGGCACACACCCCACUUCAAGGGGUUCUUGAAAUGGUGGUAGUUAUAAAGAGAGACAUUGGUCAUUUUUGUUUGUUUUUUAAGCUGUUUAUAUUGUUCUUUUUUAAAUAUAUAUACUGUAUGAGCCUUGACAUUGAGCUUGUCGUGCACAUGAUAUUUUGUGGUGCUUGCAUUCAUAGACAUGAAUGCGUUUUAUAAUGCGUUUAAGGAUCAGCAAAGCUUUGGCUGUUGAGUUCACUUUAAAUUAUGCAGCUUGUAACUUUCCAUCUGUUUCUAAUUUUCUGUUCAUUUUUUAGGAAUUUGUUCACGUCUACAUUUUUUUCAAUGAUUUUUAAUUGUAGAAAUUCAAAUCAUCACAUUGAAAUAAGCUUCAAUGCAGUUAAAUAAUAAAAUUAAAUAUUUUCUG